UACCUUGACGGCGAGAUGCCGGAAGAGCGAGAUUGAACAGAUAACAAAUUAAGAGGCACUUAAACACGCUUCACACGAGAUACAAAUUAUGUUUUCGCAAUCCGUGAAGACCCAGAGGCAAGAUGCUGGGCAGCCUUCAAUUAUUAAAUCAAAAUCCAUGUCCAGAAAACAAAGAAAAUCGGCUCUACAACAUCCAUCAGUCCACAGAAUGACAUCCAAACGCAGAGAAAAGACGUGUGAAAACUCCUUAGAAAGGAUGCCACUGGAGAUCAUUCUCAGGAUUCUCUCUUACUUGGAUACUGGGUCUCUUUUCUGCAUUAGUUUUGUCAACAAGCACUUCCAUGAACUGUCCAACAGCAAUGCUAUGUGGUAUCAGUUUUACAUCCAUGAACGUACCAAAAAGAAGAAAGCCAGCCAAGAAGACCAGAUGAUACAUGUCCUUGGUAUGGUGGGUGUGCUGGAGAGGCCAAAGGGAUACUGGAGAAACACGUUCUUCAAAGAAAUUGCCGGCCUGAACUUGAACAAGUGGAGAACGAAACUACGACUCAUUGACCCUUUUUCAGGACUGCCGCGUCAUACAGAGGAAGUCAUAAGGAGUCUGUGCAUUACAUGGGAGAUCACAGUGACUGAUGGGAGAGGACGGCAGAGCACCUUUGAGCAGUCUCAUGCCUCCUUCAGUAGUACGGCUGUUUUUGUGCUCUGGGGUGCUGUCAGUUGGCCUCCUUUCAACCAGCUCACCUCGCUUGAGCUUCAUGGAGUGUUGCGGGUGCCACUCAAUUGUCCUGCUCCUUACAGGCCGGGCUGGAAAUCAGUUAUGUCCAAAGUAAAGCUUCAAAGAGAACACAGUGAGUUGUGUGUUUCAGACAAGAUUGUCAAGAUGCUGUAUGUUGGACAGGGCGUAACUUUGGGAUUCUGGAAGGACCAGUGGGGAAUUGCUUUUGUGAUGGUGAACUUGCACAAUCACAGACUUGUGGAAAGAAGUCUUCAUGCAUCUAUUAGUCCAUGUACAGCAGCUGGAGUCAGUGCUUUGUUUGAUGAUGUGGACCCCGAGUAUGGUCUCCAUGGAUACACUGCUUACAUUGAACUGCACAAUACAGUGAGAAUCAUCAUGUCUGUCCGCUUUUCCCAGCUGUUUUGCAGGAGAGAUCAGAUUUCUGAUGGUUAUCUUCCACUGGAAGUGAUCAGUGAGAAUAACAGAUCUCCAAAUAUUAAUCUGGUUGGAGACGUCAGCUUGCCUUGGAGGACUGAAGCUUUACAUGGAACUAUCAAGGACUGUUGCAUGAUCUGCCUCACUGUAUGGGAUGAAGCCAAGCAGCCUUUUUGGUGUGUCAGCGCUCCUGUUGUGAUGACAAAAGAAAGUCAGGACACAGUAUCAUAUGAUUUUGAUGGUGGGAGUUUCUCCAUUCUAUACCAAGACUCAGAGGGGAGGGUUGAGAUGAGGCUGAAGCAGAUGGAGAAUAAGGAACAGUAUUUUGUGGUAAAUCUAGUGAUUUACAUUGCUGUCGCCAAAGUGAAUAAGCACUUUGGGAGAGAUUACUGAAGCCUUCGUAUGCCAUUUCAGUUUGUAUGACGACCGUUUUACUAUAUUUGACUUAAGAACAAGCAGGGACGCUGCAGUAACUCAGGAUUGUAGCAAGAUUUAACUCCUGUCAAGAUUAUUGUAGCUUUUUCUUGUCAGGUUAAUGUUUUGGUUGAAUGUUUCUAUACAUUUUAAUACACAUAAAUACACAUUUUCACAGAUCUUUAUAUUUGUAAUCGCAGGCUAUAAAAGUCAUCCUGUCACAAAGAGAGGGAUAUUCAUGUCAAGUUGAUAAAAUCUAAAUAAUAGAAUAAGAGGAAACCCAUAAAAAAAACGUUGAAACCAUAGAAUCAAGCUAAGGAAUAAAAAUGGUCCUUUGAGCGGAUUUAAAAUUGCCAGUGGAGGAGGAGGAUCUAAUAUGAGCAGGGAAACGGUCCCAGAACUGAGAAAUCUCCCUUACAGCGUGAACGGGACAGAAGGAAGUUGAUUGCAUGACCUUGGGGCAGAGUAUGCAUGAAGGAGUUUACAAAUAUAUUGUGGAGAAAUACCACGUUGGGCCACUUUUAUAACUAUAAGCAAAUUGGUAAUUAUUGGUAAUAGUUAAUUUGAUUCUAAUAAGAAAGAUGUGAUCUCUUAUUUUGGAUUUUCACUAAAAGUCUCACUGGUGUGUACUGAACCAUCUGGAGAUGAGAUUGAGACGGGCCUGCAUACAUAUAGUUACAGUAAUCAAGCUAGGAUUGUUUCCAAGUCCUUUAAAAAAAAAUCUUUAAAUUUAGCAGCAGAUCUGAGCUGAAAGAUCCUUAAUGAUGAAACUAAUCUGCUUGUUAAAAAAGACACCAAGCAUCUUAAUAUUAUUGUGCUAAUUGUGCUAAUAACUACUU